CAGUCGGCGACUUUGACAUUGUAUCAGGACGAAGACUACGCUGGCAAAGCAGAGGUAAGGCUAAAAAAUACCUCCUUAACGAGAAUAGUCAAACUCUAUUGUUAGUCGACCUCCGUAGAGAAAUAUGUUAGGGAAAAACUUUUAUGUUGGUAAACUUUGUUCUAGUUUGAUUUGAAAGUUGCUUCGUUUUGACACAAACAUUAGAAGUGAAUCAAUUUCAGUGUUAUGUUUCCCAUCAGCGAGAUUGUAUAACCCUUCUUUGUUACAAGGUAUACUGCAGAUAACAAUUCACGGUUAACAAAUUUUAGCGGCACUCACACUGACCAUUCAGUCCGGCUUGUUAACUACUGAACUACCGUUUUAUAGGAAUUGAAGGCCAAUUGUACAGACUCACAAGACCUCUCAGAGUCUUUCCCUAAAGGAGUGCGUUCGAUUAUUUUGGAAGAAAACGCCCCCAAAAUGCACGUUUUUACUCGAGUGGGAUAUCAUGGAGCACAUGUAACCUUAGAACCAGGUCGACGCUACCCAAGUUUGGAUGCCAUGGGUCUGGAGAAUCCUGUUUUGAGCUUUCGAAAGUUUUAUAACGUCAGUAAGGUAAUAAAUGAUUUAUACAGAGCUUUACUCAGUGUAUGACAUAUUAUAAUAUUGCUAAUUUCUUUUCACUUUGACAUAGACUGCGACUUUGGUAUUGUAUCAGGACGAGGGGUACGGCGGUAAAGCAUUGGUAAGGCGACUUUCAAAAAUUUUCUCUAGAGCGGUCGGUUGUGGUAUAUAUAUAUAAUAUAUCUGUCUGAUUUCGUUAAAACGUGGCCAGUAGGUUUUCGCCCAGCGCCGGGCGCAGCUCGGCUUUUGGCCAGUCCGGUGUCCAAAAAAGUAGGAGGCUUGCCAGAGCUCAGAGGGAGGCACAGACAGCCACCCAUUGUGCUGGGUGGGGAGGGUCAAAGUCUUGGUACCUAGGACAUACUUAGCAUGCGUGAGACCUGUGUACACUCACUGAAGCCAUGUUUACAUAAAUUCAGUCAGAUGCCUGUUAGUGAACGUUGUUUUAGUUAAGUUGAAAGUCAGUUUUUUGAUAACAGAGAUAUAUAUUACAGGGGUACAUUGCUCUCUCCUACGCAGAAGCUCCAACUGGGUACCCCAACAAAAAUAACAAUAAUCUGAAAAAUCGUCCCCGCGCUUUUUCUUUUUUCCCUCUCCCCAGGAGAGCUACGGUGUCAUAUGUGUUAGACUUUCUAGACCGGCCUUACUAGUAUUGUACUGACGUGUCUUCCCCUGGAGAUAAAUACUUACUUACUCUUACCAGCUAGUUUUGUUCGUUAAAUCAUCGUUUUAUUGGAACACGAAGAACAAUCCCCAGAGUCGAAAGAACUGACGAGUAGUCUUCCCGAUGGAUCAUGCUCGAGCUCAAUUGUUUUAAAGGAAAACACGGUGAAUUUAACUGUUACUGAUUGUAAUCUUUCCUUCUAGACAAUUAACGCUGUCUUGUUAUUAAACUUGAUGCUGCCCUUUUUCAUAGGAACUAGAGAACAAUACAGCAGAGUCAGAAGACUUGACAAACGAUUUACCCAACGGAGCGCAUUCGAUUGUUUUGAAAGAAAAUGCCGAGAAAAUGCGAGUGUUUACAAAAGUUGGACAUAAUGGAGCACAAGUGACCUUAGAACCAGGUCGACGCUACUCAAGCUUAAGUGCUAUGGGGCUGGAAAAUCCUGUAAUGAGCAUGAAAAAGUCACAUUGAAACUUUUUUAUAAUCUGACCGCAUAAAAGACACAACAUACCUUAACGCUGAAUAAAAUAUUGAAUUCUGAAUUGUAGUUGACUUCAGUACUGUUAACUUAGAUCUGCAAAAGAGAUUUCCAACCUUUGUUAUGAGAUUCAACUUAUAGCCUAAGUUGAAAAUUAGUGAGUACGUGUAUGCAUGAAAGAGGAAAAAUAACCUGUACUUAGUAUGCUGCUCCCAAUUAAUAACGAGAAGAUAGAAAUGUCUAAUAGGCCGACGGAUCGGCGAAUUUUGAAAAUAUUUUUGCCCGAAUUUCGGAUUCGAAGCGAGAUUUUAACGGAUUUAAGGAUCCUGCAAUUGCAGCGGAUUGCGGAUUCAUCUAUUUUUUGGGCCCGGACUUUGGACUUUGCGUGUAAUUAAAAUAGUUUUGCCCGGAUUUCGGAUUCAGGGCGAAAAUGGAAGGGCGGCUUUGGUUAAUAAAUCAUAACGGAUCGGCGUAUUUGCAUAUACCCCUAUUCACCGCCCUCCUUUAUGUUUAAGUUUAAAUCGUUUAAAAUGUGACGGUAAAUGUCUCUUUUUAUCUUAUCGCGAUUCUUGCUUUGAGUGUGAAAGGUCAUUCCUUACAGGAAAGGAACGUCCUGUGGAAUGUGCUCAUUGUUGAUCACCACGUCAAGAAAGUAUAUAAAUAUCCAUAUACCAGAAGUGCAAUGUUUUAUCAACUGAAGAUUUGACUAGGCAUUUUAUUACAUAUAGUUUCGAAUCUUCAGUUGACAAAACACCCGGCGUUGUCAAUCAAUGGUUUCCGAUAAUCGAUAAAAUCAAUAAUAAUCAAUAAUAAUCAAUAACAAUUAAUCGAUUGGUAUUGGAAAUCGAUAAAAAUCGUUGACUUAAAGUUGUGUGAGUAUCGAUUUCUAUUGAUUUUCAUCGAUUGUUAUUGAUUAUUAUUGAUUAUUAUUAAUGUUGGACGCCAUAACAAGGCAAUUUAUUGCCAACGAGCAAGCCGAGCGAAGACGGUCGGUUUGCGAGGCGGCCAGCUUAAUGCCACGCGAAGAAUUGCAGCAGGCAGAAAAAUUCUCGAUCGUGCUGGGAGGUGUAGAUUCCCUGAAGUGUAGUUUCACGUGACUUUUGAUGACCUUUGUUGUAACAAACCUUCAAAGUUCGGACAUUGUUCUCUGCCACACUGUUGUACUUGUACGAACUACAACUCGCUAUUUCAAGUAAGCGCUAACCUGUAAAUGCUAUCUCCCUUUCGCUGUUUGAAACUCGACAAGUUUAAGGUUCAAAAAUGUCUAAGCAGAAGAAUAAGAGCGAUUUUAAGGCCAAGAGCAUGGCAGAAAUGUAGGAACGAGGAGUGCUUGUAAUGGAAAUUCUCGCCUCAGCAGCAGAAAUGGUUUUAUAAACAUUGGAACUAAAACCGGUGAUGUAGGCAAAUUCUUUUUCUUUCGUUGGCACUUACCGAAAACUACAACUAGUUUGACAACUGUGGCCAUUUGCCGAGUGAUGACUCUCUUUGUGGUUAAUUUAGACUUUUUUUCAGCCUUUUUUUUUGUAAUUUCUGAUCCUUCGCCAGGUAUCCUGUGAUCUUGCUAAAUAAAUCCCUGUUCCCACUAACACACAAAAAGAAGCCAUUUCAGCAUUUACUUAAGUACCUUCAGGAAGACGGUUUCAAGGAUGAUGUUUGAGGGUAAAGCGACAGUUCGCAUAUUGCUUUCAAGCGCAAUAAAGUGGGGAUUGCUCGUGGGUUUUGAUCGUUUUCGGACUGAAUCAGUAGUGUUGGGUUGCUUUAUUGUACCACUCACUGUCAUGCAUCCUUAAGUAAAACCAUUUAAAAGGCCUCACAAACUACAGACAUGGGAGGCGUGUAGAGAGUUAAACUGGUUUUGAAUUGCUUCCACUAUCACAGUCAAAUGGAACUGAAAAAUAAUGAGGACAUUUCACAAUAUUCUGAGAUUAUUAUUUUAUUUUGUUACUGUAAUUUGUAUAAGAGUAUAAAUCUAAGUGCUAAUUUGUUGCGUAAUCACCUUGUUGGUGACAUUGUUGUUUUAACCUGAUUAUUAAAUGAAAUGAAAUAACUGAGAGAAGGAAUGCGGAGUCAAAAAUUUCUGGGAUGGUCAGCCAGUUCAUGAUUGUAUUCGUGGCAGCUAUGAUUAGUGUGUUGGGAAACACACUCUUGAAUUAGAAGAAAUCUUAAAAAUGUUUAUUGCUCUAGUUUAUUAUAAGCCAAAUUCUUGUUUUUGACGUACAAAAAUUGAAGCAAUUAAAGUGAUUAAUCACUGACUGCAUGCAUGUGUUGCGUGAUUUCCUGCUAACAACGGCGUCUCGCCCAAGGGAAGAAAACUACUUAAGAGGUUUGUUUUCAAAGCUGAGUCAUGAAGUCGUCAGUUUCUUCCCUUGGGCGACACUUUACUAAUAGUUUUGAAAUUAUUCAAAAAAAUUUUCCGCCUCCGCUGCCAGUAAUUCAUCUCAGUCAAAGAUGAUGAGAGAUGAUCUCUUAAUCAAAUAAAGAAACCAAGUAUCAGAAACGAAAGAAAACACCAAAAAGACUUUUUAAGUUUAACGAAAUAAACUUAUAAUGUUUAAAUGCUAUUUUUUUAAGAAGUGCUAGUACUGCUAUGCAAAAAACUAAAAAGACUACUAUUUAGCCCCCUACUUAGUGUGGAGGUGUGGUUAAUCUAAAUUCACUCAGCCUAGAAGGUUAGAGAGUCUGGAUCCCCACGCAGAAAGAACACGGUAUAACUUGACAAAGGUAAGUAGUCCACACUAACCGGGCCUUUACGCUGUAUAACUGAAUUGACCCUAAAAGUUUUGGCUUACAUUUGGUGGUUUGUUUAAGUGAAGGUAUUCCCUGUUUGAUUGCCGAGAAUCAUGGCUGAAUGGACUGUAAAGUUGUUUGAUCAAGAAAAUUGUAAAGGGAAGGAAGAGGUAAGGUUGAAGAAGCUAAUUACAUUUUUGGGAAUAAGUAAGCUACGAUUUUCUCAGAUUUACAGAUUGGCAGGCAUGACGAUGUUGUUGAACGAUCGAUACCGUUAAGUCUGUUAAGUAGGUCUUAUUAUACAUGAAAUCAGGAUUUAGUUAACUUGGAUAUAUUCUCUCUGUGUCAGACAUUUCGUAACAACACUGACUAACCUCCAUCCCACAGACACUCCAUGAAGGUACUACUGAUACAUCAGACUUGACGAAAAUUUUCCCGAAAGGAUUUACCUCGAUAAUCUUGAAAGAAAAGGCUACAAAAUUGCAAGCAUUUACUCAAGUGGGAUAUAAUGGAGCACAUGUAAUCUUGGAACCAGGUAGACGCUACUCAAGCUUCGUUGACAUGGGACUAGAAAAUCCUGUAAUGAGCUUGCGAACGUUUGACAUGGUAAUCUCAGAUACUUUUUAGAGAUUUUACUGCAGGAUAAGACAGGGGUACCCAAGGACGCUUUUCUCCAAGAUACAUUGAAAACACUUUUUUUGGCUAUCCAGAGUACUUUUCGAUGCCUAGAAAGGCAUUUUCAGUCGCGCUAUAGAAUUUGUAUCAGUUCGGUUAUCCUAGGGCAAAUUGCACCUAAAAUUUUCGGGAAGUAAAACUGAAGCCCUAAUAAUUUCGAAAAAAGUCUUUCCGAAAUUGUUAGGGCUUCAGUAUUACUUUCCCGAAAAUUUUAGGUGCAAUUUAACGUUUUGCGAAAGUGAGAAUUUUUCUAAUUCCUCUCUCCAUCGCAGUUUGGAAUCCGAAAAUUGUAGGUUUCCUUUUUACUACGAAAAAUAGCCAAACCUGGAGAGUCAAAUAUGAAAAAUUAAACUUCAGAAACUCGUGGGGAAUUUAUUAGGUAAGCUUCGAAAAUUGUACAUGAAUGGAAUGGUCACCUAGAAAUUUGUAGCCGUCCCCAAAUAAUAGAAAAUUUCAGGCAAUUUUUGCUUCUCGGAACAGAUAUUAUACAGGAAACAGUCGUUGGGUGCCCCUGAUAAGAGCACUAAAUUGAAAUGAUGGCACUUCUUUUCUUUUUUAUGUAGCUUGCGACUUUGGUCUUGUAUGAGAACGAAGGUUGCGGCGGCAAAACACUGGUAAGGCUUCCAAAUAUUUCCUCUAGCAUGCAUGGUUAAUUACAGUGUAUUUUUCUGUGAAGAAACUGUUUCAAUAACAAUUUCCCUAAUACUGAAAAACUAAAAUUCUUUCGGUUGAUAAACCUAAUUCUCUUUUUACCUUAACGCUUUUCUUUCUCAGACAUAGAUAUUACAGGUAGGUUGUAUUAGUCCGCCCCGUCCCAGCAAAAACGUCUUUUGGUGAAAGUGAUUGUAAUCAGUACUAGACCAUAACCAUCAUGUUUACUUGAUGCUGCCCUUUUCAUAGGAACUAGAGAACAAUACAGCAGAGUCAGCAGACUUGACAAACGAUUUACCCAACGGAGCGCAUUCGAUUGUUUUGAAAGAAAAUGCCGAGAAAAUGCAAGUGUUUACUAAAGUAGGUUUUAAUGGAGCACAAGUAACUUUACAUCCAGGACGACGGUACUCCAGCUUAGAUGCCAUGGGACUGGUAAAUCCUGUUGUUAGCCUAAGAAUGUUUAACAAGGUAAAAUCCAAAUAAUUGUUGUACUGUGGAACUUUAAUAGCAAAAUUAAUACUGCUUAAUAGCUGAUCUCUUUCUUUUUCGUUUUGAUGCAGCCUGGGGUUGUGCAAUUAUAUGAAGACGAAGAUUAUGCCGGCAAAGUGGUGGUAAGGAAUAGAAGUAUUUAUACAAGAAUGGUCAAUAGCUUUGCGUAUAUAUCAAUGUGGAUGAUGAAAAGCGUUUUAUGCCUUUUCCUAUCAGUUCAGGCUACCUAAACGGGUCUAAACCUACUGGAUGAAUACAGUGACCUCAGUAAAACUGUUUGUUGGUGAAACAGAUUUUCUUUUAACCUUGUUCUGGCACAGAUAUUACAAUAAAAUUGUUUUACGGAGAACUCAACCAGCCCCAGCCAUGUCGCAGGACGUCUCUUUUUCAUAUUGUAUACUUCUUGCUGAUUUGAUCACCGUUUUUAUAGGAAUUAGACCAAAAUGCGCCAGACUCUUCUGACCUGACGAGUACCUUCCCCAAAGGAGCACGCUCGAUUGUUUUGAAAGAAAAGGCCCCAAAAUGGCAAGUGUUUACUCAAGUUGGAUAUAAUGGAACACAAGUAACGAUAUACCCAGGUCGACUCUACUCAAGCUUACGUGAAAUGGGGCUGGAAAAUCCUGUAAUGAGCAUGAGAAAGUCACAGUGA